UGCAUUCUUGCCAAAAUCCCACACUCUCAGUAGUUUUAAACAAGACAUGGAAAUGGCCACGGAGCUUGAAGAUGAUCUGUUUUUUGCAGAUUUAAGCAAGCAAAUCUCUUUACUUAUCAUGGACGAUGAUAAUGAUGAACCUCUUAUCAGAUAUCCUUCAGUUUCUAUCCAGAGUUUCACUGGUGCAAAUCACCCAACAGCACAAUCUCCAUUUCUGCAAGAACAAAUGUUUAGAAGAGAAAGCAAAGGUACUGGAGUUUUUAUCCCGAAAUCAUCACAGCAGCCAAAGAGGAAGCAUGGGGGAGGAAGAUGCAGUUCUUCAUUGAGCUCCAAGUCCAACAGGAAGCUUCAUCAAACUACAACAAUGGCUUCUCAAACAUCUUUCAAUAACUUUUUUAACACAAGGAGAGGCUGAAGGAUUCACGUCUACUAUCUAUAUGAAUUGUAUAAAUCUACUAUAAGGAUUUUAUAUAUGUACAUUAAAUAAU